GCCCGAACCCGACUGUGGAGGUUUAAGAAAAUGGUUCCCUUCUUCUACUACAGACAGACUUCUUCACCGCCAAAACCCUACUAUCCAAAUCUAAUUCCUCGAGAAAAAAUAGACAGCAUCUUCAACAUUUCUGCCGUUAUUUACAAUUGCAAUGAGUGAUUGGAGUCCGAUUUCAAUCGGAAUCGGAUCCCAUGCCUGACCCGCUUUCAUGCUGCACCGGUUUUGCCUGCCAUGUCCAUGCUGCUACGCCGGCUCAAAACCUCUCAUUGCCGUUCUGUAAGCUCGUCGCUGUUUAAUUCUUCAUGUUGUCUGUUUUCGGGAAAUUUCUUAGCUUGGGCCACUUGUUUUCUGUGUUCUCGUUGCUCAUUCUCGACAACUUCAAAUUUUAGCAAUUUUAAUGGGCUUUUUCAUCGCGACACAGUAGCUAAAAUUGUGAAAGAAGAGAGGUGGGAUGAUUUUCGCCUCGUCGGAUUGUUAAGUUCGGCCUUGGCCCCCGUCUGGGUGUCUAGAUUAUUGAUUAUGCUGAAGCAGGAUCCAUUAUUGUCUCUCAGGCUCUUUAAAUGGGCUGAAUCGCAGAAUGGUUUUCGUCAUACAGUGGAUAAUUAUUGUGUCGUUGCUCAGAUUUUGUUCUGUUCGAGGAUGUAUGGAGACGCGCACGAUGUGCUCAGGCAGUUGGUUACAUUUCACAGAGACAGGGGAGGUGAUAUUAGGCGUCACCCUCUGCUUGCUAUUGUGGACGUUUUAUGGGCGAGGAGGAAUGUUUGCGUGCCUGGUUAUGGGGUUUUUGAUGCGUUGUUCGGUGUAUUGAUGGAGUUGGAGAUGUUGGAGGAAGCCAGACAGUGUUUCCUGAGGAUGAUAAAGUUUAGAGUGAUUCCGAAAGCAAGGUCUUGUGAUGUUCUUUUACGGAAGUACUCUAAGGUGGCAGAUGGAGUUUCGGCAAAGAAGUUUUUUAGUGAUAUGAUUGGAGCUGGAAUAGUUCCAUCGAUUUAUACCUUUAACAUAAUGAUUGGGAUCUUGUGUAAAGAAGGGGACUUAAUAGCUGCAAGGAGCUGGUUUGAGAGGAUGAAGGACAUGGGCAUCUCUCCGGACGUAGUUACUUAUAAUUCGCUCAUAGAUGGCUAUGGAAAACUUGGUGAGUUGUGCGAGGCAGUUUGUGUAUAUGAGGAGAUAAAAGCGGCAGGGUGUUCUCCCGACAUAAUUACAUAUAACACAUUGAUUAAUUGCUUUUGUAAAUUUGAGAAAAUGUCACAGGCGUUCAACUUUCUUAGGGAAAUGAAAGAAGGAUGCAUUAGACCUAAUGUUGUAACUUACAGCACAUUCAUUGAUGCGUUUUGUAAAGAAGGGAUGUUGCAGAAUGCUAUUAAGUAUUUUGUUGACAUGAGACGAGUUGGUCUGAUUCCUAAUGAAUUUACUUACACUUCUCUGAUUGAUGCUAACUUUAAGAUCGGAAAGUUUGAGGAUGCCCUGAAGUUUGUUAAAGAAAUGGUAGAAGCUGCUGUGAAGUUGAAUGUUGUUACCUACACAGCAUUGCUCGAUGGCCUAUGUGAAGAAGGGAGGUUGCAUGAAGCAGAAGAAGUUUUUAAGGUCAUGCUGAAAGAUGGAGUAGUUCCUAAUGAGAAAAUAUAUACUGCUUUAAUGCAAGGGUACCUUAAAACCAAAAGGAUAGAUGAUGCUAUGAGGAUUCAUGAAAAAAUGAAAGCGAAUAACAUCAGGCCAGAUCUAGUUUUGUAUGGUACUAUAAUCUGGGGGUUUUGCAAUCUGGGAAGGUUCGAAGAUGUAAAACCAUUGUUGGCUGAAAUGAAGGACUACAAUAUAGAGGUUAGUCAAGUAAUAUACGCAACACUAAUUGAUUCCUAUUUCAAAGCUGGAAAAAACGUAGAAGCACGGAAUAUGCUUAAUGAAAUGCAAGAGAGAGGUAUGGCACCAAACAUUGUGACAUAUGGUUCACUAAUUAAUGGUUUAUGCAAACUGGGAUAUGUCCAAGAAGCAAUUGGUUAUUUCCAUAGUCUCAUAAGUGUUGGUUUACAACCAAAUAUUGUCGUUUAUUCAUCUCUAAUUCAUGGUCUCUGUAAAAAUGACCGCGUUGAAGAUGCCAGAAAGCUUUUCCUGGAAAUGCCUGAGAAGUGCUUGAUUCCAGAUAAAAUUGCAUAUACAUCUUUGAUUGAUGGAACCAUGAAGCAAGGAGAUAUUCAGGAAGCUUUGGAUCUGGUGAAGCAAAUGACUGAAACUGGUUUGGAGAUUGAUCUUCAUACCUACACAUGUUUAAUUUCCGGGCUCUCAAGACAUGGACAACUUCAUCAAGCAAGAGAUUUACUUCACGAGAUGAUUGAGAAAGGAGUUCAGCCUGAUGAAGUUGUUUAUGGAUGUCUCAUACGUAAGUACCAUGAGAAUGGCAACAGCAAAGAAGCUGAUGCCUUACUGAAUGAAAUGAUCGAAAAAGGACUUUCUCCUGAUAAAAGUGUGCUGCUGGAAAAAACAUACGGACCUGAAUUGACAUAAGCGCCUUUUCUGAAGCAGCAAUGAAUCACUCUAUAUUGAAGCAUGAGAAACGUAGACAAACAUUUCAUGUUUGGUUACUCUCAUAUUCCUGAACUUCCAGAUUGCUGUUAGGGGUAAGCACUCAGCAAUGAUUCAGAGACCUGACCGUAUAUGCAGUGUAUGCAGGAGUCAAUACAAUUGCUUCUUACAUCGGUCCACUGCUAAUUGCAACCUUCACAAACUUUAUGUCAUCAAACGACGACAACUUGAGAUGGCAUCAUGGUUUGAUGAUUGGAUUUAUCAUCUUUGCAAAGAAUUUGGAGUCACUAUCUCAGAGGCAGUGGUAUGUUUGGUGCUCGUCGGAUCGGCAUCAGUGUCAUGGCAGGUCAUGGCAUUGAUAUAUAAAAAUAUCUGGCCUUGAAGUACAAGGACGGGUUACCUUUGCUUCGGACAUCUUGUACAAGAAUUUAGGGUCUGAUCCAUCUUUUGCUGCUUUCUUCUCCAACAUAUUUGUGGCGAUAAGUGAAUCUUUCACAUGGAAGUCAGAGAUUUGCAGAUAAAAGCCUAUUCAGAGGCUUUGAAGAGCGUGAGAGUCCUCAUGUUGCAUUUGUGGUAACUGACUUUCUGAAAAAAAAAAACUAUUUCAUCGUAUGGGAAUAGAGAGAGGUUUCUGAAAAGUACCUCUACACAAGCGAGCUAUGACUUCUCUGGACACAUUAGUUUCAGUUUUGUAUCUUUGGGGUGUGCAUCUUUAGUUAGUCACUUUCCGAAAUCUUCAACAACCUAUCUAUAAUCUGACGAGUUUAUGUCUAUGGUAGCUCUGACUAAUGUUUUAACUGAUUGGGUGCAAAGUUUCGUUAGGGAAGAAGAUUUGAUGAGAUUGAUGCACACUCAUACUUCAGGUGAACCUAGUGUUGCCAUUGAGAUCGAAGCUGCAUAAUUUGCUUUGGCAGCAGGACAGAGGUGCACAUUCUUGACAUUGAGUUGUAAAGAUUCUUGAUAUUCCAAUUUAACUCCUUUCUUGCUUGGAAAAAAGUGUUUUUGCAAUAGCAAUGCUAGUUUAGAGACUUGAUAUUUUUUCCUCAUCUUAUAUAUAGUAGACUUGAUAGUUGAUGGUUCAAACUUAGUCGGUGUUGAAUGAAGUAGCUUCAGAUCUUUUAUUAUGCUUACACUUAAAAAAAUGUACUACUAUUGCUUCUCUACGAAACAUACAGCAUUGAUGCUCUUGGCCAA